CGGCUGAAUGUUGUGUUUGCUCUACAUUUUGACAUUUAGUGCGUUUUCCCGCGUUUUUUAUAGUGGAUUUUUUAUGAAGAUUGAAAGAAGAGAAACCAUGUUUAUCAAAAUCGUGGCUUUGUUAUUAGUGAGUUUAGUGUGUGGCGAACCUCCCGUUCAGAAUUACAAUUAUAACCCAACCAGUGGAUUCGGUCUGGCUAACAGUUAUUUACCACCGAGAACGGGUAACCCUAGUAAUAGUUACCUACCAAGCGACCACAGUCCGGCCUCUGGUCCGGAUUACAGUCAAAGUUCCGGCUCCAGUCCGGACUAUGGUCACGGACAUGAUCAUGAAGUGCCCAAGUCAUACGAGUUCGGUUACUCAGUAAAGGACUCUCGUUCCGGCAAUGACUACGGACGAAGAGAAAAGUCUGAUGGCCACGAAGUGCGCGGGGAAUACAGGGUGUUCCUUCCGGACGGACGGACGCAGAUAGUGACAUACCACGCUGACUGGAAGACGGGUUUCCACGCCGACGUCAGAUACGAGGGUGAAGCUACCUACCCCAAUAACGUACAAGGUGGAUAUAAUUACAAUGCACCGACAGAUUUCUCUGGUUCUCUCACCGGUUUCCAUGGCAACGAUGUAUCGAAACAAACAGUUUAUGGGCAAAUUAGUUAUUAUUAAAAUGAUCUGUACAGAUUUAACUUUACGAAAAAAUAUAUGA